AUGAAGAUCUUCUACAUUGGAGUCCUUCGAAACGAAUCCGCUCCUGCCAUCGAACUCGCUGUUGAGCGAGACCUGUCCUCAUUCUCUCGCUUCACUCGAGACAGCUAUGGCGAAUUCAUGACCGUGUUCGCCAAAACAGUGGCCGAACGCACCCGGCCCGGCGUGAGAUCCGACAUUGAAGAGAAAUCCUACACAUUCCACGCCUACAGUUCCAGCCUAGGGCUCUGCGGCAUCAUCAUAUCCGACGCCGAAUACCCGGCGCUCGUCGCACACCAGCUCCUCUCCAAGAUAAUCGACGAAUAUUCCUCGCAGAAUCCGCGAUCCUCAUACUCGACCAACCCCCCGAACACAAGACCAUUCCCGCAACUCAAGGAGUAUAUCGUGAAAUACCAGGAUCCGGGCCAAGCCGAUAGUAUCAUGAAAGUGCAAAGAGAGUUGGACGAGACCAAGAUUGUGCUGCACAAGACGAUCCAGAGCGUUCUGGAGAGAGGAGAAAAAAUUGAUUCUCUCGUCGCCAAGAGUGACGGUCUAAGCGCGCAGAGUAGGAUAUUCUAUCAGCAAGCCAAGAAGCAGAACAGUUGUUGUGUGGUUAUGUGA